AUGAGUGAACCUGUAAAAGAAUACUACACACCAUUAGCAAAUACUGAUUAAAAUUAAAAUAAUAUCAAAUCAAACAAUUAGUAUUAAAAUUAUAAUGGCAAUGCCAAUAAUAUAAAUAACAAUGUGGGAUAUGAAUAAAUGAGUUAGCCAAUUGGAUAACCUAUGAUGCCUCCUCCUUAAUAUGGAUAAAAUGGAGUAUAUCCUGGCAAUAAUUACUAUCCUCAAGCUUAAAAUAAUGGCUAUUAAGCACAAAAUGGGAUAUAAGGUGGUUCUUAUUAAGGAUCAUCAUCUGGAAGUAAUUAAUUCUAUUAACAACCUCCCUAUGUAUAACCUCUAUACUAACCUCCAGGUUAUGCUUAAGGUGUUCCAUUAGAAGCCCAAGUAAAUAGGAUAUAAGGUUCAGGAAGCGCAAACCCUUAAGUUCCCAUGCUUACUAACUUAGAUAACUGUGAAUAUCCCACUGCAUUUAGAUGUAAUUUUUGCUAAAAAGAGAGUGUUAGUACUAUGACUAGAGAGCCUGGAACUGGAACAUGGAUGGCUUGUUGUUGUCUAUUCUUUUGCACAUUUGGUGUACUUUCAUUUAUUCCUUUUUGCACAGAUUCUUGUCAAGAUAAAAAGCACUUUUGUCCAUUCUGUGGAGCCUAGGUUGGCUUUAGAGAAUAUAAACCUUGUGGCUGA